AUGGCCGACUAUGAAGGUCGGUUGUCUCCUGCCUGCAUCGACGAUUUAGACGAAGAAACUCUCGAUCCUAGAAUCCAGGUGGAGCUGGAGAAAUUGAAUAAGGCAUCUGAAGAGAUCAACAAGUUAGAGCUGGAACUUGAUGAUGGAAGAGCAGGCUUUCGUCAGGCUCUGUCUGAGUCUACACAGAAACUUAACACACUGGCUAAGAAACUGGGAGCUUGUGUGGAAAAAGCAAGGCCCUACUAUGAUGCCAGGGUGAAAGUGAAAGAUGCUCACAUUGAGGCCCAGAAAACUGCCCUGAGGUUUGAACGGGCCUGCAGCAUGCACGAGGCAGCCAAGGAGAUGGUACAACUAGCAGAACAAGGUUACAUGUGUCGAGAGGAGCCCUCCGACCCCGCCUGGCAGGAGAUGCUUAACCAUGCAACUAUGAAGGUAAAUGAGGCGGAGAAGGAGAGAAAUGAGAGUGAGCAGGAACACAUGAGAACAACAUUGAACUUCAAUGAGGCUGACACCAAGGUGCAAUUUCUUCAGAAAGAUUUGAAAAGAGCCAUCAAUAAGUCUAAACCUUACUUCGAAAUGAAAGCGAAAUUCAAUCAAUCUAUGGAGGAUCAGAAGAGAAAUAUUCAUAUACUAGAGGAGGAUGUUUCACUUGCUAAAGCAACAUAUUCAGAUGCUUUGAAAAAUCUGGAGCUCAUCAGUGACGAUAUACAUCAGCAAAGACAGGAAAAACGAAAACAGCAGGAGCUGGGUGUGAGGGAGGCAGGGGUAGGGUCAGAGUCGCCGUCACCUCCACCCAACCGUGACAAGGGUAUGAACUCUGUGGAAGGUGAGGGAACAAGUCACAUUAGCAGUUGUCAGGGUUUAUCUCAGGCAACUAACACUUCUAGUCAUGCCAAACAUUCAAACUAUCAUGAAGAUAUUAAUUAUACUCUUCCAUCUGUCAUACAUCAAAGUGUCGAUAAAUCUCGCAACCCCAGCUACAGGGAAGCCAUAGAGAGACAUAUCAGUCAAACAGAAGGUGGUGCAGAAGAUUUUCCUGUGCCAACAUUCGAUGAGGAAUAUAGAGCACUGCCAAAUAGUCGGACGACACAGGGUCAACAAGCUACACUCACCACCCUUCGACAGAGUUUGUCACGAGAAUCUAGUAUACCCAAAGACUUCAAUAACAGUGUGUUAUCUUCUUCUCCAAGUGAUUAUGCAGAAGAACAAAGAGCACGAUCUCAAUCGUCCCCUACCGGGAGACGAAGGAAACUCCAAGGUGGGCUAAUUCUGAAGAUCGAUGCAGCUAUGGACCCUUUAACUCAACGAUAUCAGGCAACCGAGAUUCAACCAACCCGAAAAGGUCAGAGACGAAGACUCUCGAAAGACCAGUCAAAAGUGCAAAGGAAUGUUGAGUUCCCCAAACAUAAUCCAUUUGGUAGCCCAACAGAAAAGACAUGGAGGGAAAAUUCCAUGUCCAACUCUCCAAGUCGUCAGGGGUCAUUCCUAGCCCCGGGUGGUCAGGGUAUUGACGGUGAGGAUGGGUCAGACACAGAAAGCAUUGCCAGCACUGGACCAAUGUUGGACGAUGACCAGGUGGAACUCUUAACACUGGAAUUUUCUGAUCAGGCUUCGACUGAUGAUAAUAGUCCGACUUUUAAGCGACAGGACUGGAAUCGUAUGAGUUUACCACCAAAACUGAGUCAUCUUGAGCAAUAUAUUCAUCCCCCUGUUGACAAGGGGGACACAUCUGUUAUAGAAUCUCUCACAAAUGGUGACGUGUCACUGUCAAAUACACUGACAAAUGACGACGAUCCAGGGAGUCUCUCCAAUAAAACUCUGCCCUUAUCUAGUCCGGAAACUGACAUUCAGAUAGAAGUUCAGGAAAAUGACACUCAGCUACAGAGUUCUGAGCCAGUAGAUACAGCCGAGGAACUCGAAACUGUUUGAUUUUAUGUUUUACAUUAGACACGACAAGCUUUGGUUAAGAGUUGGCUCAAGAAUAAAGAAAAUAUGAGGUGUUAGUGUGCCUGCAUAUAUAACUGUGGGCUAUUCCAGUAAAACGUAAAUCACUUCUAUUGGUGGUUGGGUUUCCUGCUUAUUUUAAGCAAAUUAUCAAUCAAAACAAAGCCUGGAAAUUGGAAUGAGAUAGAUGUCUUACUAAAAUAGCACUAAUUUGUAAUGGAGCAACCAUUUGCCUCCGUAAUCAUCGUCUUUAGAUUAUUCUCCUCUACCAAUUACAUCAAGGGAGUUAACGAUGUAGAGAUCUAGACACUUUGCUGCUUAAAGUUGAAAAACAAACAGCUGUAAAUAUUUAAAAAAGAAAGACAAUUCAUGUUAAAAUGGACUCCGUGCAAUCCCAUCAGUUUUGUGAGUUAGUGAAGUGGCAAGUAUUUCUGUUAUUGACUUCCUACCAAAAUUGUUCUACUGAAAAAUUUCUUUAAAAUGUGCUUUAUAAUCUGUUAUAGAUAUGUAGUUGUUCAAGUUGAACACACAAUUUGUUCACUCUUGGUGAUCUUGUAAACAGAAGAGAAUGUUUGCCAUUUUUUUUGUCUGUCAUCAACAAGAAAUUCUAAUGAACACUGUUUCCAUAUAUCAGUUUUCUGAAGAAUUGCUUUUAACAUAAGCUACCAACUCCAGUGCAGAAUAUAUUAAAAAACAUCCCUUUUUGUUUAAUCUUUUUUUGCUAGUUUGUUUUGAUCUCAGUUCAUUGAGAACUUAUCUCAUUUAUCAGGAAUUAAAAUUAAUUCAGGAAUUUUUUAUUUAUAAAUAUCUUUGAGAAUCAAUUAAGAUUGGACUAGAAUCCUUUUGUAGCCUUACUUUUGUAAUUAAGGACAAUAAUGUGGAAAAUCAUGGAACAAAAAGGAAGAAAAUACAAGGAAAAUUUUUCUAUAUAUGUACUUUGAUAUGAAACAAAAUCAACCAAUCAAAGAACACAUUUAUUAAAAAAUUAAAAAUAAUUAUUUAUAACUGAAAGAAAUAAAAGUUGAUUGUGUUUAAUGAAGUCUGAUAUGGAAAUGAGGCAAAGACAAAUCGAUUUUGCAUUUGACAGAGUAGGAAAAUGCUCACCUGAUACGUCUAAGAGGCAGAUAAACUUUUUGUAAAUGAACAUAGGUAUCUAUGUUAAAGCAUGUUUGACUAUAGAUCUUUGACUAGGAUUUAGAGUAAACACUUUAAACAGGGUGUGAUCAGUUGGUGUGACAGGGUAUGUUGUAUUAGUAUUAAUUAGAAAUGAAGGUUUCUGCAAUCUCCACUAACUAUUGUAAGUAUGUAGGUACAUGAGUACUCAUAUACAGUAUUUUAUGUACAUUUGUGUUCAUUUCUUUUUUUCCUGAGAUGGAUACUACUAUCAGUAAUCAAGAUUUGAUCUUGAAUACAUGCAUCUGUCAAAUUUCUGUGGAUUAAUGAAGAUAGUGAUGAGAUAUGCCUUUACAUUGAAAUAACAUUGUGCCAUCUUCAAUUGAUCUCAAAGAGAUGCAAAUGAAAACAAAAAGUUUCUUAUAUUUGUAUUGAAAUUUUAAUUUUGCUAUAUUCCAACACAUUAUUCCCUUUUAAGUUUUAUCAAUAUUUCUGAUGAAAGAAAAGAUCUGAUUACCGGGGUACUGCAUUUUGUUGUUAAAUAUUAUCUGUAUUUCCUUUAUAUCUAGGUCCUGGACCCAGAUAGGACCAGGUGUUAGAUUUACCUGUAUUUCCUUUAUAUCUAGGUCCUGGACCCAGAUAGGACCAGGUGUUAGAUUUACCUGUAUUUCCUUUAUAUCUAGGUCCUGGACCCAGAUAGGACCAGGUGUUAGAUUUACCUGUAUUUCCUUUAUAUCUAGGUCCUAGAUGCUGUGGUUGAUUAACCAGGUUUCAUAUAUGCAUUAACAACAGAUUUUUUUUUCUUUGCUUUGAUACACAUAGUCUAUUGACGUAUUUGGAUAUAAAAAUCCGUGGAAUGUUUGAAUCCUCGAAAAAGAAAAUCCAUGGAAUGUUUGAAUCCUCAAAAAAUCCACUGUAUGUAAAGUAAAAUGUUCAAAAAUCAAUUAUGAUAAAAAAUAUAUUUUUUGUAUUACAACACUCUAAGUAAUUCUUGUUUUGUUAAGAAAUGUUUGCAGCUUAAAGAUAGAAGUCUUGACAUUUCUGUCAUAGUAUAAAGGCAGUUUGUCAUCAUCCAUGUAUUCUUCCGAGUUUGGCAUUUGUGUUGGUUCUGAAUAUGUGCUUGUUAAUCAAUCUUUACUUAAUAUCCUAUUGGUAUUUAAUUAUUGUACACUGAAUUAUAAAAAGGUAUUUGAUAUUAUGUAUAUCUGUCUCAUAGAUCUGCUUUGUUUUAAUUCCUCUUACAUAUAUAUUUAUAUGCAUGUACUAAGAUUAUUUUGUCAAAAAAAAUGUUUGAUGUUGAAAAUUUUCUGUGAAUUUCAACAAAAAAAUGA